AUGGCGCAAGUUGCAGAGCAUCCUUUUCGGGCCAAAAGAAGGAGGCUUGAUGACGAACAGGCUGGUGAUGAUGUGGCUAUCACGUCUCCUUCUCAGCUGCGUAACCUGCUAGCCUUCCAGCAAAAUCCUGUGACUGCCAAGCAAGGAUUGAAUGGAUUCAAAGAUUUCUUACUCUCGAUUGCACAGGUUGAGAAGGAGAGCCAGAAAGCUCAGAAAUUGCGAGUCCUGAAGUCGUACUGUGACAAGCAAAUCACUCCCGGCAAAGACGAGGAAUCGAGCUCCGUCUGCUUUCCGGAUAUUAUCCAAACAUGGGCAUUCGCAGACACUAAUAACAACGAGCCCCUUUUAACCAAUGUACCCUCAGUCUUGGCAAUUUUUUUGAAGACCAUCUCUCGUGAGCUUGAGUUCCGAGAUUUCGGUGUUGCUCUCUGCAAACAUUUGCUGCAGAAGGACCAAUUAAGGCUCUUCAACCGUGGUUUGACUGCCACAAAAUCAAAAGAGCAUCUGAUCUCUCCUUGUCUUCGCUUACUCACGGAGAUUGUCACCUUUGAUGGAGGAGCUGUGGCGCGUCAACUGUAUCUUCGCCGCUACAUUACCUUCAAGCGUCUUGAGGUCUUUUUGACACCCAAUAAGACUCAAGCUGAGGCUUCAGAGGAUGAAAGUCACAAGUCGACACUCAGGAGGAAUGCACAGAAAUAUUUUCUUGCUAAUCUCCGAGUCCAGCAUGUUUUGGAGAAGGGUGAUAUUGUUGAACAGCACAAGCUCACGAGAGCUCUCCUAGAGCACGUUCGGAAGGACUCCCGAGAGAUGGUUCUGGAGACGAUCAAGUCGAUUGAAAGGGAUAUUAUGCAGGACGAAUCGCUCCCACGCAAGUCCAAGAGCAAGUUUUUCAAUCGAUGGAACCUUGAAAAGCUGGUCACGCUCUAUGGAUACGACCGUGAGUCCGACGAGAGCAAUCCAGAGGCGAUCUCCAUAGCCAAUGAGAUUCAUAGAGUCUUGAUGAAUGUUUGCAAGACUUCUGGCCUUGGUGUUCUCCUUCCCGAAACAGGCUGGUACCCUGUGGGAGCUGAUCCCGAAAUCUUGCCUGUGGACGAUGAUGAAUGCAUCGAGCUUGGCCUUGAUUCCCCGAUAUAUGUCGAUAAAUACCGGGAGUCGAUCCCUGUACGGAAUGGAUCCCUAUCUUAUCUCAUUCAAUGCCUCCGUCCAGAUGUGGAUAGCUUGCAAAUUGAGUUACUGGCGACGAUUUUCAAGGUGGCACCGGAGCUCAUCGCAGACUUUUUCACCAAGAAGACCAUGUUCACCUCAGAUCCCAAAGCGACGCCGUCAUGGAUGGCUGAGUCUGCAUUUCUCUUCUCAACUGUUCAACUCCCGGUUCCCACAAACUGCGGCUGGAAAGACAAACUACCUGUCCUACCACCCCCAGUCUCAAUUGUCAUUGAAAAUAUUUUACCGCGCCCUCUAAGUCAAAAAAUUAUGACUCGUUGCUUGAAUCAGAACGCUGAAAUCAUCACCUUGUUCGCCGUGCGAAUUCUGACUCUGGCGUUCACCAAACUGCGGGCUGUGCUGAAAAUAUUCCGUGCGGAUCAUGGACAGGGCCAAUUAUUUUGGAACCAGGCAUGUUCGAAGCUGCUAACUGAGUUUUCUCGUCGAUGUCCUGCAGUAAAGGAUGUUGUUGUACUCUUUCGUAGGACAGCCAAGGAAGAUUUGCAGCAACAAGAGGCUGUUGCUGAACUUUUAGCCUGUUACUACGAAGUGAUGCCAGAUAUCGCAUUGGAGGAAAACUUUGAUGUUUCAUUGGUUUUGGUUGAUGUUUUGAAGCGCUUGGAAGAAGAGGCUCUGAGCUCAGAUGAUUCCGAGCUGCUUUUGAGUCAGCUACAGAGUAUCCUUCAGAUUGCACAACAGUCUACUUCUAUGCGUUGGUGGCAGAAGCCAGCCACCAUGCAAUAUUCCCCAUUCACCUCCAUUCUCAAAGUUCUCGUGGGAACAUCCGACCGGGACUCCGCACGCCGCAUUUCAGCUCUACUCAGAACCGUGUUGUCAGAAAACGCCGUGCUGGAAAACUUGCCACGAUCUUUCAAUGCGCUUUUAUCAAGCCUGGAAGAUUUUGAGUCUGAUACAUUGCACACCCAGCUGCUUUUCUUUGACAACUGCGUGUCUCGUGUUGCCAAGAAACCUGUUCACUAUCUUGAUUUAAUUGGCUCCGCCGGAUCCAGUGAUGAAGCACCGACAAGUCCUAUCGUUGCGGCGAUCGUGGAGCAGUGGCCUUUCGUGGUUAAGGCAGGCGAUGCGUCAGCUGAAAAUGCCAUUGGGUCAUGGAUUGCCAAACUGCUCGGACAAUUGAAACAGGUCGGAGAAAAUUCGGAUGCCUUGAAAGCCGCUCGAGAUGCUUUGGUUGAAGCCACGGAGACCAAGAAAACACGAUCUUUGAUUAAAAAAUGCUUCAAGGGAAUAGAUGAGGAUGAAACGGCUGACAAGAUGGAUGUGGAUUCUAUCCAUAAACAACCAGUUCUAUCCAAUAAAACCUCAUCGGUGGACCUUGAUGAGAUUUUUGGGUUCCUCCCCACUGAAAGCACAACCCACAACGCCUUACAUAAAUGGGAGAGGGAAGAUAUUGAAGCGGCAGUGGAGCAAGGCCAUAUCGCGGAGUUGAUUCUCUGCCUGUGUUCGCAGCACGAAGAAGUCCGCAGGCAAGCAUUUGCCAACCUUGCGCGGUUUUUGGUCAAAUUAAAGGAUUCCAAUUAUGCUGAAUGGCGCACUGUCUAUACUUUGACAGGCGAGCUUCUCGAGACUGUGAAUGGCCUCAGUCUUGAUAAACCAGUCCCGUUCAUUAUCGGCGAGUGCGCCUCGAGCUGCUUGACGGUUCUCACAACACCACUGCACAAAGUCUAUGGAAAAGUCAACAAGUUCUUGCAAAAGGCACCGUCGUGGGAGCACGAAAAGAUUCCAUCCUACUGGAUCGAUAAGAUUUUUCUUCACGAGCCCGAGUUAGACGAUGGGUACUUUGAUGAGAUUGACUGGCUUUUGGGGCUAUUUGUCAAGGGCCUUGGCAGCGAAGCUGAUAUGGAGAUUUACCGGCGUGCCAAUGUCUUCGAGCGCAUUCUUUCCCUCUACCAGUCCCCGUCGCUUGAUGCGGCUGCCCGUCGUAAGAUUUUGCACAUCCUCUACCGCGCGGCCCAGGUGGGUGGCAGCACCACCCUAAUCACUCGUACGGCUGUCAUCAGUUGGAUCCAAGUUCAAGUCGCAGAAGCUGAUGCGAAGGAAAUCGCUCUACUCUCGGCCCUGGCACAGACGAUGUACGAACGGUGUGAUCGGGAACGAGUAGAUGCUUGGAGCACUGGGACGAUCGAGCAAGCUCUUCGGGAGAUUUCGCAGGCAUAG